AUGAAUGAACGCGUCGUGGGUGGUCUGUUAACUUUGCAACCAUGCAGCAGAAAUUGUACAGACAUGAAAAGAUCGCGUAGCGCUGGCGAUAAGUUCGUUUUUGGUUCAAGACGUCGUACGUUGACGCCUUCUUCGAGAUACGAUGAAGAAGAAGAGGACAAAGAAUCAUUUAUCGGCUUGCAAUCGCCUCGACCAAACAAAGCUCCAUCUCCGUCUCCAAAUCCUCCACUCACUAAGGAUAGACAAUAUUGGCACAGUAACUACCAUAUAACUGAUUGGAAACGACAACAUCCGAACGAAUUCGAGAAGAAGGAAUUUGAAAAAUUCCACAAAUGGAUUUUUGAAAGCGACAAAAAUGCUCCAGUUCAAAAAGACGUCGUCACGCUAAUGAAGAUGUUCUUCCGAAAAUAA